AUGCUAGACUUCUACUAUCCAAACAAAUCUUACCCAUUCGUUGUGGAAAACGGUAUUCUCUCUGACUUGAUCAACCGUUUCGACAGACUGGCAAUUAUCCCCAGUCAACAGGAAUUGUACAGGAUCAGACAACAACAAGAAAGAGAACGUUAUGCAAGAAGACAGGCAGCUCUCAGAGAGAGAGAGUAUGAACGAAUAUGUCGGCAACAGGCUUACCAUCAAUUGAGCAGACCCUCUCAUCUUAAACAAUUGGAAACUUCUCAGGACUACCAGAUUCAGGUAUUCAAGAGGUAUGGAGACUUCAAUAACUACCAGAUAAGAGUAGUCAAGAACUCAGAUGAGGUUUUCUUGAAGAUCCACAGCGAUGAAGACGACUUCGACCGAUCGUUCCAUCUUGAUGAAGAAUCCAUUGACGUCCACAACGUCACGUGGAAGUGGCUCAAGGGUAACAAUGCAUUGGUGGUGUAUUUGCCUAAACUUGAUGUUGCUGUGACUUCUCCCUUAACUAAGGAGGAAAAGAGGAAAUUUAAGAAACAACAGGUGACUGAAAAAAUCCAUAAAUCAAAACAGAGGAGACUUGAGAAGAAGUUGAAGAAACGAGCUGAAAGGGAAUUGGCUCAUAAACAAAGAGAAGAGGCCAGAAUAUCGAGAAAGGAAAGGAAAAAUCGCCACAAAUAUGGCUAUCAAAACCCAGAGAAAUCGGUUUUAGCCACUGAAGAUAGCGAUCUUGAAGUUGAGCCGAUUUUUGGAGUGCCUGCUUCUCCAGUGUUGGAGCCAGUUGUUGCUCCAGUAUCUAGCAGCACUGAUUCCGAGUACGAAACACCCAGUGAAUCAGAAGAAGAGGAAGAAACUAGUAGUCCUUCAAUAACUCCGACACAUACCAUUUCUUUAGAAGAAAUUGAGGACGAAGAGUUUGUAAACUACAACAAACGUUUAGCAGAUUCGCAAGAUUGUUUGUAA